UCCGGUCUAGGACAGCUCAAAUCAUGGGAAUCUUGUCUCAAGCCACGGGGACUUCCGGAAUUGGUAAAGUUGACUAGGGUUUACCCGAACCCAGCGAUAACAUUUCUGGACACAAAUCAGAGAGAGAGAGAGCGAGAGAGAGGGGAAUUGACGAUGGGGGCGAGCAGCGAUCCGAACCAAGACGGCAACUCCGACGAGCAACAGCGCCGGUCGGAGAUCUACACGUACGAGGCCCCGUGGCAUGUAUACGCCAUGAACUGGAGCGUCCGUCGCGACAAGAAGUACCGCCUCGCCAUCGCCAGCCUCCUCGAGCAGUACUCCAACCGGGUCGAGAUCGUCCAGCUCGACGACUCCAACGGCGAGAUCCGACCCGACCACAACCUCUCCUUCGAGCACCCCUACCCUCCCACCAAGGUCAUCUUCAUCCCCGACAAAGAAUGCCAAAAACCCGACCUCCUUGCCACCUCCAGCGACUUCCUCCGCAUCUGGCGCAUCUCCGACGACACCGACGCCGCCUCCGGUGGUGUGGAAAUGAAGAGCAUACUGAACAACAACCGGAACAGCGAGUAUUGCGGGCCUCUGACGUCGUUCGAUUGGAACGAGGCGGAGCCGAAGCGGAUCGGGACGUCGAGCAUCGACUCGACGUGUACGAUUUGGGACAUCGAGAGGGAGACUGUGGAUACGCAGCUGAUUGCUCAUGAUAAGGAGGUUUAUGACAUUGCAUGGGGUGGGGUUGGGGUUUUUGCGUCGGUUUCGGCGGAUGGGUCGGUUAGGGUUUUUGAUCUCCGUGAUAAGGAGCAUUCAACGAUUAUUUACGAGAGUUCAGAGCCCGAUACGCCGUUGGUGCGCUUGGGUUGGAACAAGCAGGACCCCAGAUAUAUGGCCACCAUCAUCAUGGACAGCGCCAAGGUGGUGGUGCUCGAUAUACGAUUCCCAACGCUACCUGUGGUGGAACUGCAGAGGCACCAGGCUAGCGUCAAUGCCAUUGCCUGGGCUCCACACAGCUCCUGCCACAUAUGCACUGCUGGGGACGACUCUCAGGCGCUGAUAUGGGACUUGUCAUCCAUGGGGCAGCCGAUAGAGGGCGGAUUGGAUCCGAUACUGGCAUAUACAGCUGGGGCUGAAAUCGAGCAGUUGCAGUGGUCUUCGUCCCAGCCUGAUUGGGUUGCGAUUGCCUUCUCAACCAAACUUCAGAUACUGAGGGGCUAGAGGUUUUGGACUUGCAGUUUUUAUCCUUCUGAUCCCUCUUGGAUGAUUUGUUGAUGCCUCCCUCCUCGACAUAUGCACUCUCUUUGAUCUUAUUAGCAGCAGUGGCGCUUAUGUCGAAGCAUUUUGCCUGCUCGCUCUCAGGUUUUGAUUUUUCUCUGUCUUGCUCUCUUGCUAUCACGGCUUCUACUUCUUUCUUCUCUUUUGCCGCAUUCUGGUUCUCGUGUCUCCAUAUCUCUGCUUGUUUUCCAAGUGUUAGUAAUUUCUUUAUCAAAGUCUGUGGCUCCACGUUCCCGACAACCGUCACUUUGGGCUGCACUGGGUCAAUUUCUGUCUUGUAAACCCCUGAUAUUCGCAAAUGUAUGACAAAUUAACCAGAGGAGAGGGAUCUUAUGAUGGAAAUAAGUGGACUUGAAAGUUGAAAGAAGUACGGCUCUGAUUUGAUUACCUUC